AUGGGUGAUAGAGUGAAAGCGUUAAGAAGAGAAAACGAUGAUUUAAAGAGACAACUGAAUGAGCUGAAGAAGGAAUUUCAGUCUAUCAAGUCCAAGAUGGCGGAACAGAAGGAUUGCCACGAAGCGGCAGCUGCCGCUUUACCUAACACACAGGAUGUCCAAUUCCUCAGCGACAGCUACGAUGCCCUUGUUAAGUCAGAAUCGAGCUUGUCAAAAGCACUAGAAAAUUUUUCUCGUAGGUUGGAUUUAUUGACAGUUAACGUUGACAGAAUUGACAAAGCUAUCGACGAGAUGCUCUACUACAGUUACCAAUAUAACUUGAAGAUCGUGGGCGUUCCACUUAUCUCAGAAAGCGAAUCUGCACAAGACACCGCGGAGUUGUGUGUGAAGCUAUUUUCUGGCCUUGGAGUCGAUGUCUCCUUAUCAGAGAUCGACAUGGCCCACAGGGUUCCACAGCGAGAUACUUCAACCGGUAAUGGCAACCGAAGACAACCGAACCCGAUAAUUUGCAAAUUCACUAGAAGGAUGACACGAAACACAGUGCUGGCGUCAAGAGGUAACGCCAGUCGACUAACUACCGAGGACCUGGAUCUCCCGUCCACUGCUGAAAUUAAUCCGAUUGCAAUUUACAGCCACCUCACGCCGAGACUACAAGAGCUGUUACAUUCAGCGAAGGCGCACCAAGACACAUACAACUACAAAUGGUGCUGGGCAAAUGGCGCAGCAAUCUUCCUACGCAAAACGGAUUCUUCUAUGACGAUUCGUCUGAGGUCGACUGACGACUUAACUAAGUUAAGACUGCGUGAACGCCCUGAAGCUCGAUCGGAGGAUCCUUGCAGCUAAGUGAAAACUACUAUUAUGUUUUAUCACUGAUAUUACUAUGAAAGGCAGGAACAAAAUUGCAAUGAAAUCUAUUAGAUCUACAUUGAAGGUUUUACCGUAUUAUAGUUGUUCAAUUUGGCAGAAAUUCAUGGCCAGUUUAAUAAUUCAGUAUCGACCACAUUUAAAACUAAAAAGGAAUUAGACAAGCUUACUAACCCCGCUAAUUACUCCCCUAACAGAAUAACUAGUCGAUAUUUCUCCCCCCAUAGUUUUAAGGAAAUGAAAACGAAGUUUUCAAAAGAUGAGACUAUCUCUAGCUUUUCUGUUUUUCAUAACAACGUAGUCAGCCUUAAUCGGAACCUGGAGAAUCUUCAAACGCAACUUUUGCAUGAAGUAGAUUUUCAUUUUAAUGUCAUCGGAGUUACUGAAACAAAAAUCGCUAAUGCUAAUUUACAAAUGUGCACAGCACAUAUACCUGGCUACGUAUUUGAAUAUGUUCCAAUACCUCUGGCGUCUGGGGGAGUAGGAAUGUUUAUUGAUGAAUCGCUUGAUUAUCGUAUUUUAGAAAAGACCUCUAAUGAAGUUUUUCAGGUAUUGUGGAAUGAGUUCUCCUUUGUGAAUAAGAAAAAU